CUACUUUGGAUGACGGCGCUGGCGGCGGCUGUGGCCGCGCCGCUGGAUGAUGGUGUCGUCUUUACGCCGUACCGGUACGAGUACAGCGUGGACGUGCCAGAGACCGGAGACCAGAAGUCGCACUAUGAAGAGCGCGACGAGACCGCCGUGGUCGUUGGCAGCUUCCAGCUGGUCGACCCCAGGGGCGACCUGCGCAAGAUCAGCUACCGCGUGGAGGGCGACAGCGGCUUCGUCAUCACCGGCAUGCAGGUGACGCCCGCCUUCGCGCCGCCACCGCCCGACCCCAGCUCCUACGCCGGCCGCCAGGCGGAGUCCGACGCGUCGCUUGCGGGAGUCGGCGGUGGAGCCGAGGGCGCCGCUGGAGGAGGAGAGGGUGUUGAAGACAAUGGAGGAGGUGCUGGAAAUGGUGACGGAAGCGGUGGAGGCGACGCGGACAGUGAAGGCACCGCAGGCAGUGAAGGCACCGCAGGCAGUGGAGGCGCCGGGGGUAGUGGAGGCGCCGGGGGUAGUGGAGGCACCGGGAGCAGUGGAGGCACCGCAGGCAGUGGAGGCACAGGAGGUAGUGGAGGCACCGGGGGUAGUGACGGAAUCGGCGGUGGAGGAGGUUCUGCAGGCGAUGGAACCGCGGGCGGGCUGGGAGGAACGGCUGGGACACCGGCAGAGACAAGCUCCUUGGAGGAGACGGGCUCGUCGGGAGACCAGCUGGGCACAGCGCAAGGGGAGGGCGAACUGCAACAAGACUCCGCCCAGUCUCAGGGGGCCGCUAGCAGUGCCAGCCUCUUCAACUUCGAAGGCCCGGCCUACACGUACAGCAUCGUGCGCACCCAGCCGAACCGCUUCGAGGUGAAGGAGAACGUCAUCGGCCAUGAGGUGGUGUUCGAGACGCACGGAGCCCGCACGCGGAGGUCGCUGGCGCUGGUCUUGUGGUCCCUUCUGAAGGAAGCGGAGCCUGCUCUGCUUCAGGGUCGAGAUUAGGUCUGAAGUCAUCAGGGGCCAGUCUGGGGGCAGUCUCGAGAGAUCGGUGGCCAGUUUGGGUCAGGUGUGAGGUAACCAGAAGCAGGUUUCCGCCCAUUAGGGCUGGUCAAAGGUCAAUGCAUGCGUCAUCAGAACAUAAGGCAAGGGCAGUGCAUGACUCAUGGGGAGAGGGGGUUAUCUGGGGUUCAGCGCGAGUUCACCAGGGUACCCGGGACUCCCAUGCCCAGUUACUCUGAGCUGGAGUCAGAGAUCGAGAUGAGUGGAGCGCGAUGUUGGCACCUGCCAUACGUUACCGCAACGGUGGGGUCCCUGUGCCAGCUUCGGGUCACGGAUAGCCCCGCUUACGUUGACUUCUG